AUGACGAGGGUGAGCUCGAGGGCGGUGGCGGCGGCGUUCUUGGUGCUCGCGGUCGCCUGGCCGCUGCUGGCCUCGGCCCAGCAGGCGCCGAGCAUGCCUCCGCCGUCCCUGCCUGCGGCGGCGGCCACGAACAACUCCCGGUUGGAGAAGGCGUACGUGGCGCUGCAGGCGCUGAAGCGCGCCAUCACGGACGAUCCUAAGAAGCUGACCAAGAACUGGUGCGGGCCCGACGUUUGCAACUACUUCGGCGUGUACUGCGCGCCGGCGCCCGACGACCCCUGCCAGCGCACGGUGGCUGGCGUGGACCUCAACCACGGCGACCUCGCCGGAACGCUCCCUGAGGAGCUGGGCCUCCUGUCCGAUCUCGCCGUCUUCCACCUCAACUCCAACCGCUUCUGCGGCUCCCUCCCCGAGUCCCUACGCUCCCUCCACCUCCUCCACGAGAUCGAUGUCAGCAACAACCAGCUGUCCGGCCCCUUCCCGUCGCAGCUCCUCUGCCUCCCCAAUGUCCAGUACGUCGACAUCAGGUUUAACAACUUCUGCGGCGAGGUGCCGGCGGCCAUCUUCGACAAGAAGAUCGACGCGCUUUUCAUUAACAACAACCACUUCGAGUUCUCGCUGCCGGACAGCUUCACCAACUCGACGGCGUCGGUGAUUGUGCUGGCGAACCUGCCGCGGGUGAGCGGCUGCCUGCCGAGCAGCAUCGGCGACAUGGCCGGAACGCUCAACGAGCUAAUUCUUCUAAACAGCGGCAUCUCCUCCUGCAUCCCGCCUGAGAUCGGCAAGCUGGACAAGCUCACCGUGCUCGACCUCAGUUUCAACAACAUCGCUGGCACGCUGCCGGAUACGAUCGGCAACAUGCGCGCGCUGGAGCAGCUCGACGUCGCGCACAACCAGCUCGCCGGCGAGAUACCCGAGAGCAUCUGCGAGCUGCCGCACCUCAAGAACUUCACCUACUCGUACAACUUCUUCUGCGGUGAGCCGCACCGGUGCCUCGAGGUGCCGCGCAUCGACGACCGGCAGAACUGCAUUGCUGGGCGCCCCGACCAGCGGCCAGGCGAGCAGUGCAUCUCAUUCCUACACCAACCUCGGGUACACUGCGACGCCCACGGGUGCAUCGCGCCACCAUCGCCGCCGCCGCCGCCGCCGCCACCGCCACCGCCACCAGUGCAUGCUCCUCCGCCGCCUGUAUACUGA